AUGAAGAUGAAGUCGAAAGCGACAUGUGGCAAAGAGUGCACGGAUCUUUGGGUUGAAGUUGGAUGGAAGGUCUUGCUCCUGGGCGCCGGCCACGUCGCUUCUCCCUUUGUCGAAAGGCUCUUGCGACGCCCAAACGUGGCGCUGGUGGUGGCCAGCUACCUCAAGAGCGACUUCGACCCACUGAAUCAGAUCCCAGGUGCAUCGACGCGAUUGCAGCCCGAGGUGCUUGAUGUGGCAGCCGCCAACGCAGGUGAUGCCGCGGCUCAAUCCAAGCUGGAUGCCCUUGUUGCAGGGUCCGACUUGGUGGUGUCGCUGCUGCCGGCGACGCUGCAUGUUGGCGUGGCACGGCUGGCCAUCCGCCACGGCGUGUCCAUGGUGACGGCCUCCUAUGUGAGCCCCGAGAUGAAGGCCUUGAACGACGAAGCCGAACAAGCGGGCGUGCUUAUCUUGAACGAGGUGGGUCUCGACCCGGGCAUUGACCAUCUCAGCGCCAUGAGCAUGGUCGACACGGCUCGCAGCGUUGGGAGUGAGAUCAUGCGUUUCGCAUCCCUCUGCGGCGGCCUCCCUGCUCCCGAGGUCGCUGGAACCAACCCCAUCGGCUACAAGUUCAGCUGGUCUCCACGAGGCGUGCUCGUUGCAUCCCAGAACGCUGCACGUUGGAAGGAAGAUGGGAAGCUGCAAGAGGUGGCCGGGGUCGAUCUUUUGGCACAGGCCAAGCCCAUCAUCAUCAACAAUUCUUUCGCUCUGGAUGUCUUGCCGAACCGGGACUCAACACUCUUUGCCGAGCUAUACGGUCUCGAAGACAUUCCGACCUUCUUCAGGGGGACGCUGAGGUUCCGCGGCUUCUGCGAGCGGAUGUUAGUCUUGUCCAGGCUGGGUCUACUUAGCCUGGGCCCCGUGGCUGGACUGAAGGGCUUCCAAGGCACGCGAAGGCGAUGGCUGGCUGAGGUUCUGUCAGAGGUCGGGGCUGGGGCUGGGAAGGAAGAUCCAUCUCAGCUGUAUCAUUCCGUUCGGAAGCAGCUGCAGCGGGCCGGUCUCCAUGAUGAGACAGGUUUAGAGUUCCUCUCCUGGCUGGGCCUGUUGCAAGACAUGCCCUUGCCGCAAGCUGCAGCAGACUGCCCCCUGGACGUGGUUGCUCAGCUCCUGCAGCGGCCAGAAACGGCCUACCAGUGCGGUGAGCGGGACAUGGCCAUCAUGCGCCACGAGUUGGACGUUCGUCGAUCCGAUGGGGCCCAGGAGCGCCUGGUGUCCACGUUGAUACAGUAUGGAGAGCCGAAUGGCCACACCGCAAUGGCAAAGACUGUGGGCCUCACCACUGCGAUCAGUGCAGAGCUCGUCCUGGAUCGGCCGAAGGCGGCACACAGCCGACUGAGGGAGGUUUUGCUCGCCCUGGACUUGAUCGUAAUGGCUUGGGGGGCCGAGGCGUGGUAUGACAACGGUGAUGGCUUCUAUGGCAGGGACGGCAUGGUGGGGAGGCUCAAGAGCUGGUACCCUAGAAGCGUCCACGUCACCGUGGACGUCCGCGCGCCCUCGCUUUGGCCGAGGGACGAGGCCCGAGACGGCGAUACGCCCACGCAGAUCCUCGACACGGAGAAUGGGCGACGGACGCUGCGUUACUGCCUUGCGCAGCUCAUCAGCAUGGUGCUGCCUGAGUCCUGCAGGCAGGUUUCUGUGCUCUUCCAGGUCAUCUGUUCCGCUGGGAGGCACAGGUCCGCGUCCAUCGCCCUCGCCCUCGCGUGCAUGUUCGAUCUGCGGCUUUAUCUGCCUAGCCGGGAGGCUUUCAAGGACGUUUGCAGCGGCUUCUUCUGGUACUUUCCAGUCAAGAGGAGCGUCACCACAGCAGCUCCAUGGGUCGUGGAAACCCUGACGGAGCUGAAGGUGGACUCCAAGACGUGGAGCGUCGUGGCAUCCCUCAUCGCCCUCGGCCCCGAUGGCUUGAGCAAAUUGGGGGAAAUAAAUACGAUCGCUCUGCAGCAAGCUCGACUGUAUCAGUCGUGGGCCUGGGCGUCGCAAAAGCAGAAGGAUUCUGCGUGGAGGAAUCCUUCUGCAAUCCUGACGUGGCACUGCCGGACCGCGAUGAACGAGAUCGGCAACGAGCGCGACUCGGAACCCGAAUGUCCAGGAGACAGCCACACACGGCCUCGCCCUCGUCCCGGCGGCGCUCCCGCUCCCGCUCCCGGUCCCGCCGCCCGCGACCGCGAUCCACAGCCCAUGCCAUCUCCUCAGCCUCCGAGUCCUCGUGAUGCCACUGCGGCCUCGUCGACGAUGUCAAUGUCGAUGAUGUCGUAUUCUCUGGUGCUCGUGGACGAUGACGACCUUGAUCCGCCAUCGUACUACGAGCCACCUGGCGGAGACGACGAUGAUGAGGAUUUCGAGGUGGUUAAGCCACCGGCAUGA